CCAAGAUGGCCUCCUCCUGCUGCUCCUGCCUCUGUCCCGGUCUUCUUCACUUAACUCACACCACAAGACGUUAAUUAACUCCUAACUCACACCACAAGACGUUAAUAAACUCCUAAUGAAUAUAACGUAAGAUAUCACAACUAAGUGGUUGUGGUGGAGGCCUCGGGUAGUGAGGUGUGUGUAUCACUCUACAGUAACUCAGGUGUUGGACCCUAUACCAUCCACCUCACCACACACACGACCGCAGCAGCAACACCACCACGACCCCACGAUGCCCGACACAACAACCCUCUCACCCUCACAUGACGCAGGGGAGGAAACAGCGUCGGCCACAACCAUACACUGCCCACUACUGCCCACUAACUUCCAGUGGAUCGUCCGACACUGCCCUGCUUUUCCCGUCAAUGGUUCAAAAGUGAGGGUGAUCACGGACCCGCAGGAGUUUUACCGAGAGCUCCUCAGUAGGGCUGGUAGCGCCUCACAUCGGAUAAGUAUGUCAUCACUGUAUCUCGGCACAGGGAAGCUUGAAAAGGAAUUGGUAUCAGUCAUGAGUGAACGUGCUGCCCUGUGUAAAGAUCUCCGGGUACACUGGCUCCUGGACUUCACCAGAGGGUCACGCGGAGACUUCAACUCCCGGAAGAUGUUACAACCUCUUGUCUCCAGCUGUCCAGAAACAUGUUCAGUGUCACUCUACCACACCCCAGACCUGCGAGGAUUCCUGAGGCAUAUAAUCCCACAGCGCUGGAAUGAAACAAUUGGCCUCCAACACAUGAAGCUCUAUGUAUUCGAUGACUCCCUCGUUAUAUCUGGUGCCAACUUAAGCAACGACUACUUCACUAACCGCCAGGACCGUUAUUUCGUCUUCGAUGACUGCCCGGAGCUCGCGCAGUUCUACCACACGAUCAUCGAAACUGUCGGCAAGUUCUCACUACGGCUACGGGCAAAUGAUACCACGAGUUUGUACCCGGAGACGUGUGUUCAUCCCUUCCUGAGUGACUACAAUAAAUACUGUUCCUCUGUGAAGGCCGCCCUACUCAACCUGUGGAAUAAGGAAUGCAGCAAAAAUUUGUCAAGGUUGAACCAAUUGCUGAAAAGUCUUGGACAAACAGACAUUGAUAAAUCAGAGGAGUGCAUAACAGACACUAAGAUAAACCACUCACUUGACACUAUAGUAUUUCCUACCUUACAAAUGGGGCCGUUUAGUAUCACCAAUGACAGUGUGAUCACUAAAAAGUUAUUGACUACUGCUGAGAGCAAUUCAAGAAUACAGUUAGCAUCAGGAUACUUCAACUUAACAGAGGAGUACAUGCAGUGUGUUCUUCAACAGUCACAAGCUAACUAUGGUAUUCUUAUGGCUCAUCCCAGGGCUAAUGGAUUCCUUGGUGCUCGUGGGUUUGCUGGGGCCAUCCCAGCUGCCUACACACAACUGGCCAAGCUGUUCUUUGAGAGGCUACAGAGGGGAGGAGCAAGUAAUCGCAUCUCUAUGUUUGAAUACCAAAGACCGCGCUGGACAUUCCAUGCUAAGGGACUGUGGUACUACCAGCCUGGCCACUCCUUACCCUCCCUCACCAUGAUUGGCUCUCCAAACUUUGGUUGGAGAUCAGUUAAUCGGGAUUUAGAAACUCAGGUUAUUGUAGCGACCAGGAACACUGACCUCCAGGUGGAGCUUCACCAUGAGCAGGAGCGUCUGUACACCAGCUCCACCGAGGUCACCGGACAAACCUUCACCGAGAGAGAACGUUUGGUCCCUUACUGGGUACGCUUGGUCAUGCCUAUUAUUAAGGUCUUCUUUUAACCGUUCAACAGGUACAGUGAUAAGUCCAACAUGUAUAGAUCAUCAUCCUUGUACAGCUACAUGAAAAAAAAGAUGUGUUCAUAAAAUUUCCCCAGAGAUUUUUUUUUAUAAUAAUGUAAAUAAAGUUUAUUGUCUUGUUCA